UCUUGGAAGAAGAGUAUGGGAAGAGUUUGCAGAAGCUCGCACGAACUACGUCCGAGGUAUACUCUAUGAACGACGGGAAGGCUGGGUCUUUCGUGGGUGCUUGGCAGUCAUCCAUGAAAAUCCAUGAAGUUAUGGCAGAGAACAGGAUUCGUUUUGCCCAGCGGCUAAAUGAGAUGAGCGAUGAGCUGGCCUCACUCGCAAAGGAAGUGGACAAGAACAGAAAACAGACUAAGGAGCUGGCUAGUCGCUACGAACGCGCCCUGCAAGAAUCAGAGUUGAACAUGGAAAAGUCAAAAAAUCGAUUGGAGGUCUCAUCGGAGGAACUUGAGCGAGUCUUGCUUCAGAAGGAGGGGGAGUCCCUAAAGGACGGUGGUUUGCAAGCCAAGAACCAAGGAGGAGUCGCAGGUAAACGAGCACUUGGAAAAGCAGUAGCCAAAGGUGGGCUUCUGCUCAAAGGGAAGAAUCCUGGAAAUAUACAAAGACAAGAAGACGACGUCCGCACACGUGUAUCGAAUGCAUCCGACUCAUACCGCAAGGCACUUACUGAUACCCAAGCAAUGAGACAGGAAUACUUUAAUUUCCAGCUCCCUCGGAUACUACGUGCUCUCAAAGAAUGUGCUGACGAAAUAGACCUCGGGACGCAAUAUCAUUUGACGAGAUAUGCAUUUUUAUUCGAGAGCAUAGUUCUAAGCGACGGAUCAACCCUUGUUCCAGUAGGGCCAGAAGAUGGCGUCGGCCUGAAAUCUACGAUCGAGUCUAUUGAUAAUCGAGCAGACUUUAAGGUCUACAUGCAGAACUAUGCAUACGCGCGUGGCGGAGCCGCUCCCCGCGGACCGCGACGCGAAGGUCCAGCAGAAGAAGGUUUUCUGCCACCGUUGCCGACCCACGGGGGUGGCGCACAUUCUGCUGUUCAUGUAAAUGCUCCGAUUGGGAAUGGUCACAACGCCCAAAUACCUGAUAAGGGCCGGCCAACAUUCGGCGUAGAUCUUGCAGAGCAGAUGGCGAGAGACAAUGUUGAACUUCCAGCAAUCCUCGAAAAGUGCUGUGUUGCUAUCGAAAAGCAUGGCCUUCGAUCCCAAGGCAUCUAUCGAAUCAGUGGUAUGGCGCGGAAAGUUGCUUCACUGAAAGAGCGUUUAGACAAAGAUAUAGACUCCGUCAACUUGGAUUCGGAAGAGUGGAUAUCUGACAUCAACAAUGUGACUAGCGUCCUCAAGAUGUGGUUCAGAGAGCUUCCUGAUCCGCUACUAACAUCAACCCUGCAUCAGGGCUUUGUGGAAGCCGCUAAAAUCGAGAACGAUCGCCUGCGGCACAUACGUUUACACGAGCGAGUCAACGACUUACCGGACCCGAACUACGCUACACUCAAAUAUUUUUUGGGGCACUUGCACAAGAUCGCGGAGUACGAGGCAGAUAAUUCCAUGUCUAUCCAGAAUCUUGCCAUCGUGUUCGGACAGACUCUCUUUGGUCAGAUAAUACCGGGUAACGGGAGUUUUUCGGGUCAUGGAAACGGGGGCAUAGCAGAUGCUCCUUUUCAGAAUAAGGCGAUCGAGACAAUUUUAGACCACUAUUCCGACAUCUUCGUUGAUGAAGCUGAAGUGGGUGCUUAGGCUCUGCCCCUCUUCGGGCAGGCAACUUGCCGUGGUUUUUCCUUUACCUCUCAUGAUACCCGUUAACCGCCGCAGGCCAGGGUCAUCUGCCGGGUCGGCUGUGGCUUUGGUCCUGGAACAGAUUUCUAGUCACUCGUUUGAUAUAAUCGUUGGGUUGUGAUUCUAUUUAUCCAUGCGUACUCGUUUGGACCGUGAUGAUAUGUAUGUACUCAGCCCUCAAGUACUGUGUAUCACUUAUAAUUAGUUUGGGAGAUCAAUGGAUCGGAUUGAAUGACGUGACAUUGA